GGGAGCAGAAACAAGGAUGUUGGCCGAGCAUUCUGUCCUUGCGCAAGGGUUGUCUGCCGCAUGCAGCCUUUUGGCAUGGGUUAAGUUCCUUGUGCUUUGAUUGCAUUUCACAAGGGAUUUUCCUCAUCCUGCCUUUCGGCAUGCAUGAGUUGAAAUUCCUUGUGUCCCCGGUCCUUGCGUUCCUCCACUUCACAACAUAAUUUUCGUUGGAUAUGAGCAUGUGUAUAUAAACUACUGCAAUCAAGCUGCAAAGUUUUUGAUUGCAUGUACAUAUAGUAUUGAUCUUGUUUCAUCUUCACCAUCAGCUGUUUCUGUGGUGGAACUUGAGGCAGGGUUUUCAGAAAAAACCACAAAAGCAAAAAUGGAGAAAAAGAAGGGAAACAUAUUGAUGAAUAAAUACGAGCUGGGACGAUUGCUUGGACAAGGGACCUUCGCCAAGGUUUACCAUGCCCGAAAUCUGAAGUCUGGCCAGAGCGUCGCGAUUAAGGUCAUUGACAAGGAGAAGGUGCAACAGGUGGGAUUGAUUGAUCAAAUCAAGAGAGAAAUCUCUGUGAUGCGCCUUGUGAGGCACCCCAAUGUGGUUCAGCUCUUUGAAGUCAUGGCGAGCAAGACCAAGAUUUAUUUUGCCAUGGAGUAUGUGAGAGGUGGGGAGCUUUUCAACAAGGUUGCCAAGGGGAAGCUCAAGGAAGACGUGGCCCGAAAAUACUUUCAGCAGUUGGUUGGGGCUGUUGAUUACUGCCAUAGCAGAGGCGUCUACCACCGCGACAUCAAGCCAGAGAAUCUCUUGGUUGAUGAGAAUGGUAACCUUAAAGUUUCGGAUUUCGGAUUGAGCGCAUUAUGGGAGUCAAGGGGACAAGAUGGCCUGCUCCACACAACAUGUGGAACUCCUGCAUAUGUAGCACCAGAGGUUAUAAACAAGAAAGGUUAUGAUGGUGCCAAGGCUGAUACAUGGUCUUGUGGGGUUGUCCUUUAUGUUCUGUUGGCUGGUUUUCUGCCUUUCCAUGAUACCAAUCUCAUGGAAAUGUACAGGAAAAUCAGCAAAGGAGAUUUCAAAAGUCCGCAAUGGUUUCCUCCAGAGGUUCGCAAGCUUCUUUCAAGGAUUCUUGAUCCUAAUCCAAACACAAGAAUAAGCGUGGACAAGAUCACGGAGAACAGUUGGUUCAAGAAGGGGUUUAAACUCGUUGAAGCACCUUUUCCCCCUCCUGAUCCCAACGCCUCCAUCCUGCGUGAUGUCCAGGCAGCUUUUGCAUCAACAACAACAGAUGAGUCUGCAGAAGGCAGUUCCCACAAGAAAACGAGCACGGCAGGAACAAGCCCCAUGAGGCCAACUUGUUUCAAUGCCUUUGACAUCAUCUCUCUAUCGCCAGGUUUUGAUCUAUCCGGUUUGUUUGAGAAUGACAUGCAGCACAGACCGCAGGCAAGAUUCACUAGCACAAAACCAGCCGCAACAAUUGUUUCAAAAUUCGAAGCGAUAGCAGAGACCGAGAGAUUCAAAUGCAUGACGAAAGACGGGACCCUGAAAUUGCAGGGCAGCAAGGAAGGAAGGAAAGGGCAGCUUGGUAUCGAUGCUGAGAUUUUUGAGGUCACGCCUUCAUUUUAUGUUGUAGAGAUGAAGAAAACGGCUGGGGACACAUUAGAAUACAUGGAGUUCUGUGACCAUGACUUAAAGCCCUCUCUUCAGGACAUAGUAUGGACUUGGCAAGGAAGUGAACAAAAGCAUGAGCAACAGCCAGUAGCACCAGAAAUUGUUUCUUAGAUACG